CUGCCAAUCGGCGCGCCUCUACCAACGCCCCUUAAAGGCGCAGCCACCGCCUCCGGAGCCGGGGCGAACCAAUUCCUCGGUUGCGGCCCCCACCUGCAGUAUGGAGUCGUCUCGGGGGCGGCCCGGGCCCGAGACGGACCUUCUGGCUGUAGCGGAACAGCAGGCCGCAAUCUUCGGCGGCGGACCGGGCCGAACGUCCUCUGAGCCGCCCUCAGGCCUCCGGGUGUCCGGGGAGGAAGAGGCCGAGAACGUUGGGGGCGCGAACCGCUACCCCAGGACGUCCCCGAAGACGUCAAGCUGCGGCGUCGUCCACCGGCCGGAACGGGAGGCUCUCGAGAAAGAGCCUGGCCCUCAAGGGACGCCGUCUGGGGCCGGGAGCCUCAGUGGGGCGCCGGGUGCAGAGCACGAACCGUCCCCGUCCUUCCGGCACAAGGACCCAGCGCCACCCGAGGGCAAACCCGCCUCCGGGAGGGACUGCCGUCGAGGGGGACCUGGCGGCGGGAUGGAUGUUGAGCAGCAGGAGGAAGAAGACAACGACGAGGAGGCGGCCGCGGGCGGCAGAGCCAGCCGCUCGUUCUCCAGCCGCCUUCAGGACAGCCGCAGCCUGGACGGGCUGAGCGAGGCGUGCGGUGGCGCCGGGUCCUCAGGGAGUGCCGAGUCCGGCGCGGGCGGCGGACGCCGCGCCACCAUCUCCAGUCCCCUGGAGCUCGAGGGCACAGUGAGCCGCCACGGCGACCUCACCCACUUUGUCGCCAACAACCUGCAACUCAAGAUCCGUCUGAGCGGCGCCCCUCCACCCCCGCCUUCUGCCCCUGCGCGGCCCUGCCCAGUGCCUGCACCCACACCCACACCAGCUAUUCCCCCCAUCGACCCCGAGGUGCUGCGGGAUCUGGAGCGGUUGAGUCGGGAGCUGGGAGGCCGGGUGGACCGUCUGCUUCGCGGUCUGGGUGGCGCGGUGCAGGAGCUGACGGCGCUCAGCGUGGGCUGCAUCCAGACCUACCGCGACGCUGUGGACUCCUUAGGUGAAGCCGUGGACAUGAGCAUCAAGGGCAUGUACACCCUGCUGGCGCGCUGCGAGGAGCUGGAGCGGGCUCUGCAGCCGGUUCAGGGGCUGGCUCGCCAAGUUCGGGAUAUCCGACGUACUCUGGAGGUGUUGGAGGCCCUGUGCAAGUGACCAGGAGGACAGGAGAGGCCGGGCCUGGCCAGGGCAGGGCCCAGCAGGACCCUAAGGACUCUUCAGGGAGUCCUGGUGGGAAGUGCCCACUGAGGGGAAGCCUGUGUGUUGGAGGCUCUUCCAGAUGCGUUCAGCUGGCCCGCGCCCACUCGCUGGGCCUUAGGCUGGUGUAUAUGGGGAAGUUGUAACGGCUUUCCUGGUGGGAAGGGAUGUUGCUCUGCUUUUAUACAGUUGGCCAUCUGUAGCUACCCUGUUCUUCCCAACUCUCCUCCCUAGCUAGAGCACCAGCCCUGGGAACACAGGGCUUUAGGUCUGCUUCAAGGUGAGGACGUGACUCCCACAUGUAAUCAGGAGAAAGGGACAGAGGAAGCCCCAGCCCCCACUGUGGCUAUCCUGACUUCAGUGGCCACAUCUCAGGUGCCAGGGGCUGUGGGAGCUUGAGCCGUCCUUGGCCAAACACACCGCAGGCAAGGAUGCACCCCUGCGGAUGGAUAGCCUUCUGCUUCUGCCCUCUGGCCCUCUACCAUACCACUUCCCCAGCCAGAACCGGGGUGCAGCUAGGAGGAAUGGGUUGCACGGCGGAGGGGGGGUGAGGUGGGAGGCGUCUCACUGCUCUCAGGGUUCAGAUAGAAUGUUGCUGGUUUUGAAGCCCACCUGUUGUGGAGUGUUCUCAUCAGUUUUGGCUUUCUGAGAUUUUGUGGAAUUAAAGUGCUGCUGCUGCGAAGGCUGAGGCUGA